AUGACCACAGUUCAGAAGAAGGACAAGGGACUCAACAAGCACAGCUUCAGGGGACUCACCCCCGACCAGAUCAACGAACUCAGCCAGGAAAAGGUGGUUGAGCUCUUCCGCGCCAGAAUGAGAAGAAGAUUCUCCAGAAGUUCGAUAGCCUAUGCAGAGAUCAAGCAUAAAUACAUCCGCCUCUAUGCCAAGUGCAAGAAGAGCAAAAAGAACACCCAGCCCGGAGAGAAGCCCGUCCCCGUCAAGACCCACCUCCGCAAUGCCAUCGUCCUCCCCGAAAUGGUCGGCAACAACGUUGCAGUCUACAACGGCAAGAGCUUCAACAACGUCGAAAUCAAGUUCGACAUGAUCGGCAGGUACCUCGGCGAGUUCUCACUCACCUACAAGCCUUGCAAGCACGGUAAGGCCGGUGUCGGAGCCACCAAGGGAUCCGCACACACCUCCCUUAAAUGA